ACGGACGGACGGGUGGACGGACUCGGCUUGUUGUGAGGGACCGGCAGGCUGGGGGAGUGACAGAGCCGAGGGAAUGUCAGAUGCGAGCUAAUUGUGCAGGAAGGCAAAUGUCAUAAAAACGAUUGGAUGACGUCAGAGGGAAAAGUAUGAAGCCCUGGAGACGGCGGCGUUUAUGGUCGCGGACACUCGGCCGGGCGUCGCUUGUGGAGAAGUUUCAUGGCAGGUUCGGUCGUUAAGUGUCUUCCGCCGGUGUUUCAGUGUGAACAGAACAGCUACCAGAGUGGCGGUGACCGCGGAAAAGGCAGCGACGUGGGUGGCGGUGGCUCCUAUACUCGGGAUGGCGUGAUGUCGGUGAGGAGGAACGGCAGCCCGGCGGCUGCAGCGCCUUCCAGCCCCACGCUUGACAUGGAAGAGGAUGCGAUUCUUCGGCAACUCAACAGCCGGGCUUUGCUGAAACGCACCGAGGCACUCAAAGCACUGCGUGUCAGUGUGAGGCAGAAUGCAGGCAGGUUGGUCUUUGCCAACAAGAAGGAUCUUUUCUCGGCUUUGAACGAGGCGCUGGUGAACAGCAGAGGGGAGAUCAAAGUGGUAUGCAUUCAGUUAAUAUCAGAAAUCAUUCAAGGGUCCGAUUCAGACCUGGAUUACUUUAGGUCUGCAGUGUUGCCCAACCUUAUACGGAGUUUGCGGGAUGACAGUCCUAAUGUGCGUAAUGAGCUCGUGCAGACUUUGCAUGCUUAUUUAAAAUGCCCUAACAUCGCUAAGGACGUUUUCUGGGCUUUGGUAGAGCAUGGUCUGGAAAGCCAGGAUGCUGCUGUUAGGAAAGCUGUGACCAUUGUUUUACCCAUCUUACUCACUAAGGAGUUCAAAAGUGACAAUUUAUUUGAUGUAACCCUCUGUUUAGCUAAAAAACUAAAUGAUGACAGUGUGGACGACUCAUUAUCAGCCUUUGACGCCAUGGGGCAUAUAAAACAUCAUAUUGGCGAAGAAGAAUUCAACUCUUUCUUAAAACGGUUGCCACUGACUCUUAGAAGAAAUUAUAACAAGUUACUGGAAAUAAAAUAUGAGUCACUGUCCAAAUUAAAUGGAGAUGCUGAACCUGAGCUCGAGUUAAGUAAGAACUUUCGGACAAACUCAGGGUUUCGUGGAAGAUCUAUCAAUAAUGUUAAAGAUGUUUCUCAAUUUCCCAGACCAGUUUCCAAAGACUGUAGCAAUCUAGAGUUUCAAAUAAUUCCACAGGAAUUGUAUGUUCGUCUUCUAGAUCUGGAAGAUUAUAAGAGUAGAACACAUGCUGUUGAAGAGCUGAAGACUGUUAUUGAGGGCUUCAAUUUUAUGGCUCUGUCUUCUGCAGCUAUUUUGAGUUUUGUUUGCUUUUUAAGUACUUUGCUUGAUGAUUCAAAUUUUAAAGUUGUACAUGGUACUUUAGAAAUCAUCAACUUGCUGGUAGUUAAAUUAAAUCAUGGUGUGAUAAAUUAUCUCAAGCCCAUUACAUCUGCAACAGUAAAAGUGCUGGGUGACAACAAGGUUGUCACAAAGCAGGAAUAUAUGAAAGUCUUCAUGGGCUUAAUGAAGCAGAUUCGUCCUCAAAAAAUACUUGAUAUUUUGCUUGACAAUAUAAAACAUAAAAAUUCCAGAGUUAGGGAGGAAAUAUUAAAUAUUGUCAUAGCUUCACUCUUGACUUUUCCAAGUGAAGACUUUGAUUUGCCCAAGCUUUGUCACAUAAUUGCUCCAACAUUGACGGACUCCAAGAAAAAGGUUCGGCAUGCUGCAUUAGAGGCUUUUGCUGUUUUAGCUUCGUCUUUUGGUUCCAACAAGACGUCUUUGAUUAAGGCAGUGGAUGCUGUAGAACUACAGGAUGAUGGGGAGGGUGUAAUGGCUGCAAUACAAGCCAGACUAUCAAGGCGAACUCUGCCAAAGUUAACUCCUCAAGGACUUGUAGAGUACGCAAUACCAAUGCCGUCUUCUGCCCAUGGUAGGGGAAUGCAUGUCCCAUUAGGAGCUGAUACUGAGUGGCUACUGGCUGGUGGAAGAACCCAGAGUGCUCAUAGUUAUCAUGGUGAUCAUGAGCCUCAUUCUCUGGGAUCACCCAGCCCCAAUUCGGAUGAAUAUACCUCAAUCAGAAGAGUAUUAAGUGCUGGCCGAGGAAAGAACAAAUUACCAUGGGAGUGCAGGAACUCAACCUGCAGGGAAACUAGUCAGCAAACUAGGUUUUCCAACACUGCUCCUGCAGAACAGGUUCAACUGUUCAGUGAUAUGCAGCAGUCUCCAAAACUAAUGAACAGUCAGAUGAUGCAUGCUGCUGAUGAAAUAUUUUUUACCAGACAGUCUAAUGUCAGAAAUACAAAUCUUGAGAAUAAUUUGACCAACAUAUCAAAUUCUGGGUUUGGGGAAACAGUUCACACUCAUCCCGGAAGUAGGAGGAUACUUUUCAGUUCUUCUAGAAUGUUAAAUGUGCAAAGUGUUAGUGUGGAUUCUGACUUGCAGCUUUUGGGCAUUGGAAACCACUUGCCGCAAGAUAAAGUUCGUUCCAGUUUGUCUCUUUCCUGCAAAAAUCACUCUCUCUACAGUCCUACCCCAUUUGAAUCUGCACAGUUUCCAAUUUCCACUUCCAGCCAGGGAUCUCAUUACCUUCCAUCUUUUCAAUUGCCAACUGGAACUCGACUUAACGAGAUCUCAGCACUCGAAGGAUCCUCGAAGAAAUCUCAAGAACAAUGUGUUAAUUUUUCAAACUCAUGGCCCACAAAACACUUUGAAGGAGCUUCUAAGACCAAUUCACGGAGGCUAACUAACCAACUAUCUGAGGAUUUGCUCACUCUUGGAGAUGUCUCGCAAGAAAAUCGUUCUCCUAUAUCGCUCAAACCCGCACUGGUGCGCUCAGCGUCGUCUCGGAGAGAUCUUAACACUACAAAGCCUGUUCCUCCCAUUCCGAGGGGUACAAGUCCAAUGGUUGAAGCAGAAGUAACUGAUUAUGAUAAUAAAAAAGAAACAAGUAGAGCAGAAUCUAAAGAGGUGUGGGAGAAAGAGAAGAACAUUGACAACAAUCUGGAAUUGAAUCUUUCCUUGUUGGAUAACAAUGAAGAGGAAACUGAUCAUGAAGAAAUGAUGAGUGCCCUAAGGUCACUAAGAAACAGUGCGGCAAAGAAAAGGGCCAAACUGAGCAAUGGUGUAUCUGAUAUUGAGAGUCCAGAUUCCACCCUCAAACUGGAACUUGGCUUGGAUUCCACAUCGCCUACUUCAUCUCCUCAUACAAGCACUUACAGUGAAAGUGACACUUGCAGCCAGGAUUCUUUGAUUUCUCCAUUGCCUUGUAGCAAGAAAAUAAUUUCUGAUGGGUGUGUAGAGGUAGGAUCUAAAGCCUGCCAUGGUCGAAUGCCAUCAGAAAAGUCCAAGUCUUCAGGUGAAUACAAUUCCAGCUCAGGAAUGACUUUCCACGAUAGAAACACCUCUGAUGUGAGUAUUGUUGGACAACGCAUGACUUAUGGAAAUGGAAUGCCAUAUUUUGAAGAGGAGAAACAAAAUGAAAUAUUUCAUGUUGGCUCUAAAUUACAUUCCAGAGAGCCUCAAAAAAGUACUAGUAAUAAACCUGCAAAAGGAUCUACCAUCAGCAUGCAACAAGUGGGCAAUCACGAGAUCAAUUCUGGAAAUGAACACUAUGAGAAUUCUGUGGUUAUAGUAGGAAAAGGUGUCUUUGGAAGUCCCCAGUCAGUUACCAUAGCACACAACCAAGCUGUCACCCCAUCGAAUAGUGGUGAUGAUAAGUGUGACCGAAGGACAACACUGGAUCUUCCUUCAGGAAUCUAUGGAAGGGCUGUACCUCAGAAUAGUCAAACCUGCUUUGAUAUUGUAGAGAGUGAGAGGGAGAUUACUAUGUCAAAAUCAGCUCGGAAUAAAAUGAAGCAAAGGAAACAAACGGGAGGUCAACAGUGUCAUACGGAUGAAUUAAUAAACCAUAGUUAUAAAGAUCCUGUAAAAAAGGAAGAAAGAUUGCAUGAAAGAUUAAGAAUUGCAAGUCCAGAUGAUGCUGCACCUGAAAAGUUGGAUGUUAAUGGUGAAGCUUUCUUUGCAUUGAAAACUGAUUCUUCAUCUGUGGAAGUGACCACUCCCAAUCCUUCACAAUUCAAACGUAGUGCUAGUGCGAGGAAAAGUCGAACUUCUAGCUCACCAAAUUUUGGUGUAGAGAACUCUCCAGGUUGCAGACUAUUACAUAGAGAUCAAACACCUUCAGUCUUGCCUGGAUCAGAGCUUAUAGAUCCAUGUGAAGCAAGACCUUUCUCCAAACCGGAUCUUGCAUUAUCAGAAGCUUUGAAACUCGUAUCUGAUGAGGAUUGGGAGAAAAAAAUUGAAGGCAUCAAUUGUAUUCGAUGUUUGUCCGCACACCACAUAGAUGUUUUAACAGCAAGAUUGCAUGAGGCCGUCUUUGCUGUUGUUCAAGAGGUGAAAAAUCUACGUUCUAGUGUUUCACGAAUAGCAGUGCUCUGCUUGGGAGAAAUGUUCACAGCUUUAAAAAAGAAUAUGGAUCAAGAGCUGGAUAUUACUGUUAAAGUCCUUCUACAUAAAGCAGGUGAAUCAAAUGCCUUCAUAAGGGAGGAUGUUGACAAAACAUUGAAUGCAAUGGCCCUCAAUGCUACCCCAGCACGAGCAGUUUCAUCCUUAAUAAAUGGUGGACUAAACCAUCUUAAUACUGCAGUCAGAAAAUGUACAGCACAGCAUCUUGCCAAUGUAGUGGAACGAAUGGGAGCAGGUCGGAUUUUAUCUGGAAUUAAAGAUAUAACUGAUCGAGUUAUACUGGCAGUGGCAAAAUUUACGCAGGAUGGAUCACCAGAAACUAGGUACUAUGGACGAAAGAUGCUGUCUGUUAUGAUACCUCAUCAUGAUUUUGACAGAGUACUUGAAAAGCAUUUAUCGCCCAGGGACCUUCCUUAUAUUCGAGAGACUGUCAAUAAUCUCCGACAAAAGGGACUUGGAGAAAUGCCAUUAGAUACCCCAUCAGCGAAAAUUAGACGAUAUCCAGGUGGUGGAAGUAUGCGAGCUUCAUCUAGCUCCAGGGAAGUACAAAAUUUAACAGGAAGGGAUAUCACAGAUGCAGUAAUGAAUUUACGUGAUUAUACAUGGAAACCAUCUCCACGAAACUUGAUGGAAAACGCAGAAUACCUGAAGGAAAUAACUGGUCUUUUGAGUGCUAAGGACUUUCGGGAUCGUAGCCGAGGGAUUGAACAGUUAUUAACAGAUUGCCAAAACAACCAGGAACUUGUUAUAGUGAACAUCGUUAAGAUAUUUGAUGCCUUCAAACCUCGAUUACAUGAUUCCAACAGCAAGGUGAAUCAAAUGGCAUUAGAAGCCAUGCAGAAAAUAAUCCCAUUAUUGAAGAAUAAUCUGGCUCAAGUUUUGAAUAUACUUAUUCCUGCUAUUGUAGACAAUAAUCUGAAUUCUAAGAAUCUUGGGAUUUAUAAUGCUGCCAUCAAUGUUAUUCAUGCCUUCGUUCAACAUAUAGAUAAUUUGCAGCUGCUUCAGCAUUUCUGCAACAAGGCUCAAUUCCUAAAUGGAAAAGCAAAACAAGACAUGACUGAGAAGCUUGCAGAUCUGGUGCCAGAUCUUUAUAUACGAAAACCACAAAUUGUCGAACAAAAGGUUCUGCCAGUUUUGUGGCAUCUUCUGGGGAACAUGACAAACAGUGGUUCACUUCCUGGUAGCGGAGGAAACAUUCGUAUUGCUGCAGCUAAAUUGGCAAAAGUUCUGUUUGAACAAAUGGGUCAAAGUUUAAUUGAUCAAACCCCAACUCGGCCACCACAUAUUUCAAAGGCUUUACAGGACCUGUUAGAUUCCACAUCCUAAAACCAGAAAGCAGCUUCAGAAACAUUUUUAGUGAAAGCAAGAGGGCUUUCGUGUUCCUGUUGAAUGUGCACUUUUCACACAUUGAAAUGGUUCUAUUUUUACAAACAGGAACAAAUCUCUGUUUAUUUAUAUAUGCUACAAGUUAAUAUUGGAUUCUAAAUUCUGCAAUUACAGGUUGGUUUCUGCAGUAGCUAUGGAUAACAUUUACACUAAAAUCACUGCAGCUAAUCUUGCACUUCUGUACAGUAGAAUCCAAUAAGCAUUUAACACUAUCACUGUAUGGAAAAUGUCAUUAAUUGUAAAGAUGUGGUGCAUAUCAAAUAUGUUUCUAAAUUUGUAAUCAAGUGUACAGUGUUAAUUAAUACACCUACAAAUCACUAUUUAAUGCUAAGUUUCUAUAUCAUUGGAGGCUGGGAGAGGGAAGAAUAUAAUUGGUAAAGUGCCUUGGCUGGCAGAGUUGAAUCAAUGUUUAUUUUGUAUUAGUCCUCCAAUAUGAAAAUGUUUAUCUCUCCAAUUGUGUAUUGUACAGUGUUAAUUUUCUCCUAGUUGUAAAUUAUUUCAUUAGCUUGAAGGCUGAACUUAAAAUUCUACAUUUACACAUUGUGUUUAAAAUGUUACCAAGGCAUGAUCAAGAUCCCUGCAAGAAAAAUAUUUUUGUUACAGAUUCUGAUACAUACACAGUUGUCUUAAAGAAGCAUUGAUAAAUGUAUAUUCCAUAUUUUUGAGCAUACAAACAUAUAAUCUUGUUUUACCUACAUAUUUGUGAAAUAAUAACACUCAAAUUCAUUUGUGUAAUUGUACAGUCAGUUGACAAUAGUGCCAGUGCUCUUGUACAGGCAAAAGUAUGUGCUUCUUGGUAAAAUGUUUAAAGGAAGUAAAUGACUUUA